AUGGACGACUUGACGAGUCGAAGCGGGGGCAGGGGCCUAGGCUCACCCAAGAAUAUGGCAUAUAGCCCAGUCUUGAGCUCGGUCGACCCUGCCGACGACGGUGCCCUCGGCGCGCCCAAAGAGGCCGACCUCGAGUUCGCCACAGUGGAAUUCAACAACGUUGAGGAGAAGGAGGACGAAGACGAACCACGCAGAGGCAGGAAACAAAACAUAGCGAAGAUUGACGAGACCAGACACCGCGCUGGUGCCGUCAGUGGCACCUAUGAAGAAGAGUUCGACCAGGACAAGGACCUGCCCGACUUCAAUCCGCUCCGACAGCGCGGCACCGUGGGUUCCCGAGGGUGGAUCGAUCGCUGGGCCAUGGUGGCGGGCGUGGUCGGGUUCGCGGCGGUGGGCGGAUUUCUCUUCGGGUACGACACGGGCGUGGUGGGCGGUGCCAUCCUCCUCAUCCAGGAGCAGUUCGACCUCUCGUCGCUCCUCGUCGAGACCGUCAUCAGCAUCGCCCUCGUCGGUGCGAUAAUUGGAUCGGCCAGCGGUGGACUCCUGUCCGAUAGCCUGGGACGGCGCAAGGCGCCCGACGUGACGACCCUCAUUCUGGGCCGGUUCAUAGUGGGCCUGGCCAUCGGUGUCGCUGCCAUCGUGUCUCCUGUCUAUCUGGCCGAAAUAAGUCCGACGCGCUACCGCGGUGCGGUGGUGACGGUCAACAACCUGUGCCUCACGGGCGGCCAGUUUGUGUCUUACCUCGUAGACUCUGCCUUUGUUUCCGUUCCCGGAGGCUGGCGAUGGAUGCUCGGGCUGGGCGCCGUGCCGGCAGCUGUGCAGCUCGUGGGAGUGGUGAUGUGGCUGCCUGAGAGCCCUCGAUGGCUGAUCGGGCGGUACAUGGCCGUAAGGGACCAAGACCCGCAGGACCUGCCCAUGGGCGAUAUGACGUCGUCAUCGGCCUCGCUCGAGACCCGACCCGACUUCUUCGGGGAGGAUGGCGCGGAGUGGCGCGAGCGACUCGACAGGGCCGAGUGGGAGCGGCAGCAGGCGCGGAGCAUCCUGCGCCGACUCCGCGGUGGCGGUCACGCGUACGAAGAGGAGCAGGUUGAGCGGGAGAUUGAGGGCGAGAUCGAAGAGAUUGAAGACUCACUGCGCCAGCAAUCACAGACCAGCCUGGCCGACAAGUGGCGAAUGCUGAGCACCAAACCCGUACGGUCGGCACUAGUAGUCGCGGCGAUGUAUUACAGCCCCACGAUUCUCAAGAUGGCCGGCUUCGAGUCGCACGAGUCUGCGAUCUGGUUCGCCGACAUCAUCGCCUUUUCCAACGCCUUCUUCACCGGUGUUGCUUUGUUCCUCAUGGAUCGUGCGGGGCGGCGCACCCUGUUGCUGGUGAGUCUGAGCGGAGUGGUGGCGGCGCUGGUCAUGCUGGGAAUCGCGUUCUUCGGCGACAGGACCCACACUGGUUACACGGCCGUCGCCAGCCUUGUUGUCUACGUUGCCUUCUUCGCCCUGGGGAUGGGACCCAUCCCAUGGGUGGUGAACUCAGAGAUCUACCCGGCCGACGUGCGCGGUUUGGCCAACGGCCUAGCGGCGACGGUGAACUGGUCGGCGAACCUGCUAGUCUCGAGCACCUUCCUCACCUACAUCGACCUUGUUGGCACGACGCUGGUGUUCUGGACCUUUGCUGGGGUCGGGGUGGCGGCGUGGCUCUUCGUCUUCUUCAAGCUGCCCGAGACCAAGGGCGUGCCUAUCGAGCACAUUCAGCAGCUCUUCGUUUCCGGUGAUCGCUUUGUCGAACAACCACCCGCCCGGAAAGACGCAACCCUGCCCACCGUCUAA